GCCCGUCCUGGUGUUUACGAUAAAGCUCUGACUGCAGCGGGAGCUGUAGCUGUAGCUAUACCGGCUAUUGGUAAUCGGGAAGCUCGCAUUCACCCCGUUCUUUCAUUAUGUAAUACCUUUCCCUCCUCCUCCUCCUCCUUCCUUCUUCCAUCUUGCUGCCCUCAAGUCUGCCUUUCAUCGUCGCGCCGUCAUCCCCUUCUACUUUACGCUCCGUCACGAGUCGAGACGAAACGAGACCAGGGAAGCUGAAAUCUUCCCUCAUGGCUGCACUACUUCAGACAUCCAGCCCGAACCUGCCUUGGAGUGAAUCGCUGGACCCUAUCCUCCCAGACAUCGAGUGUCCCAACACCCAAGGAUCCUGCUGGUCAUGUCUUGCACAAUCCAGUCCCUGUGACGGCGCGUUGCCGCACUGUCGGAACUGUCGCAAGAAACGGCGAACCUGCGCAGGAUAUGGAAUCCGUCUCCAGCGACCAGGACCGAUGCAAGGCAUUUCUCGUCAUGAUUCCCCGCUUGAGGCGCGAAAAUCAAAGAUACUGCGCUUCGUCUGCCCGCUAGGGCUUCAGCCACUAGAAAAUCGUCUCUUGCAGCACUGGGUCCACCAGAUCACGCGGUUUUGCCUCGCAAUCGAUUACACCGACAACGGCUAUCGACGCCUCAUACCAAUGGCUCUAGAGGAGCCGGCCUUGUUCAGCUCCAUCAUGGCUAUUGCUGCAGCUCAUGAAAGCAAAACCAUGCAGACCGUGGACACCCUAUCAGGAAAAUAUCUACGCACCGCCAUGCUUCGUCUCCAGCAAAUCCUGAGUAACCCGAUCACGGCUACCAAAGAUAGCACGCUUGGGACCAUGCUCUGCCUAGUGACGUACGAGAUCUUUAAUGGGAGCCCGCGAUGGAGAAGCCAUUACGCUGGUGUCAGCAGCUGGCUGAAAAUGAGAGGCGAUUGUACUGACCUCAAUCCUUUCAUGAAGGGUUGGAUCAGUAUGGCUGAUACUCAAUCCGGGUUGAACAUGGGGACAGCCAUCAUACCUGAAGUUGAAGAUUGGCUCAGCUCUAUGGAUGAUUCGGGCAGUGGACAACCCAUAAUAGAUCCAAUUCUUGGAUGCUCGAGUCGGAUGCCGAAACUGAUGUUGGAAGCUGUGGGCUUAUAUCGGACCUCGCAAGGUGCUGGCGCAGAGUCUGCGGAUGUCCAGGCUGAGAUUAGGGAGCGCGGCAAGUUGUUGAAGGCAAAGAUUCACGCUGCUUCGCUCGAUAUCCAAGCAACUCCACUACUGGCCAUCUCCGGCGACCGACGCGGAUUGGUGCUAGGCGGACUCACCCCGACCACCACAUCAGCAAAUGGCCAGGACCAAUCAGAAUUCAUGCGCCACAUGUGCGCCAAUACUGAAAUCUUCCGAUACGCACUCCUUGUCUACGUGUUCCGGGUGGUGAAUGGACUUAAUGUGCCGCUGGAUAUGGAGACACAGUAUGCUGUCGAAGAGGCUUUUAGACUCCUCCCUCAGCUGCCUUUCAUCAAUGGCCUCGGCUCGAAUCUUGGUUGGGCUCUAGUCGUGAUUGCCUCUGAGACCAAUGCACCUGAAUUGCGAGAAUACAUUCGUUGUCGUUGGCGGAGUCUGAAAUUGCUAGGUAUGAAUUACAAUGAGGUAGGCGAGUUGUUGACAGAGGAGGUCUGGCGGCGCCGUGACGAUAUGAAUUACACAUGCGACGUGUCAUGGCAGACUGUUAUGCAAGAACUUGACCUUGGGCAUAUGCUAGUUUGAAUUCGAAAGUCGUACAAAGUGAGAUUUUCAAACUACUUUGCAUGUCCCAUGUGGUUGGAAGUGCAUCGUCUUGAGAGAGUCCACACAUCCGACAUGGUGGGCCUUCAUCGGGAAACUCUGCGAUGGUUCACCGUGCGAGUCUCUAGUGGUU